AACCAGGGUCCUGAUAAGAACGCGUCAAGCGGCGCAUCAAGCUAAUGCAGCCUACGAACAAGGCCCAGCCUGAUAUUGCUGCCUAGUUUUCCUAUGAUAAGCCGAUCAAAUGCUCGUGGAGCUUGUCUUGUACACACACACCUAAAUGACUGAGCAUUGUACUUAACCGGCAUCCCGCCUCACCUUGAGCGAAUAACAAGGUAGACACACCUUGUCUUUCACCAAUAUGGCAAGCUCUUGCAGCCCAGCAGCCGAUCGAACAUUUGGGCCUCCCAUCCAUGGCUGCCACUACUUGGAUUUUACCCUCCUUUUCGAGCAGGUGGUGUUUAGCAUCAUCCCAUCAGCAUGUUUUCUUCCAGCCGUGGCUUGGAGGCUGUUACAGCUCCUCGGGCAGUCCAGGAAAAUCACAUUGACAGCGAAUCAGCAUUCCAAGGUCUCAAUUUUGGUGAAAAUUAUCCUGAGCCUUGCCCUGAUCUGCAGCCAACUUACCUUACUGAUUGUCUGGGCAAUGGCCCCGCAAUAUCGCAACAAUGCCACCAUUGCAUCGGUCUGCCUGUCAUUGAUAUGCUCCCUUAGCAUUCCGGUCCUUUCCUGGAACGAGCAUUUGCGAUCCGUCUCUCCCUCCAAUCUACUAUGCUUCUAUCUUCUGUUCAGCACGUUGUUCGAUGGUGUACAAGCCCGGACAUUAUGGCUACGGGAUCCUUCUACGAUUGCUGGGGCUUUCACUGCAGCGCUGAGCAUCCGUUUGCUGAUGCUCAUCGCAGAGCUACAAGAAAAGCAAAAGUAUCUGAAACUUCCAUUUGCUGCUUAUCCUCCAGAGAUGAAGGGGGGCAUGGUGAAUCGCGUCGUCUUCUGGUGGUUGAACCCCCUGUUGGCUCACGGGGCACGCGGCUUGCUAAGUCCCAGCCAUCUCUUUCCUAUUGACUCCAACCUCUCGGCCGAGGCUGUGCAGACCAAGUUCAAAGCGAAAUGGUACACAGCACGAAAGGAUCGCCAAGGUCAACAUGAGCUACUGCUAGCAAUACUGUCUUGUGUUCGACAGACUCUAAUAUGGACAGCCAUCCCUCGAAUCGGCCUAAUUGGAUUCAAGAUUGCCCAGCCACUGCUACUGAAUCGUGUGAUCCAAUAUCUCUCGGCUGCCUCUAAAGACAAUGCUGUUGGAGGGGCACUUGUUGGAGCCACAGUCCUGAUCUAUGUGGGCACGGCGGUUACGACAUCGCUUUAUAUGCAUGGACUCAAUCGCGUCAUUACCAUGAUACGAAGCAUGCUGGUGACUGCCCUCUAUGAAAAGACGCAACGUCUGGAUACUGCUACGGUGAGCAACUCAGCUGCGCUAACAUUGAUGAGCACCGAUACCGAAAGCAUCUGUAACAAUUUGAUGCGUCUAGACGCUCUAUUUGCCUCUCCAAUCGAGGUCGGUCUUGCCAUAUUCUUCCUUGAGAGACAGGUAAAAUGGGCAUGCCUGGCAUCGGUUGGAUCUGCCCUGGUAGCAGUCUCCCUCAGCUAUGUUGUGGCCGCCCGGUCACCUCCACGUCAGAGGAUAUGGAACCAGGCUGUCCAGGAGCGCAUUGCAACUACUGUGUCGGUUCUCGGUUCCAUCAGAAGCAUUAAGAUGCUCGGUAUAUCUUCUUUUGUGGCACGACGGAUACGUGACCUCCGCAAUACGGAGCUUGAUCGCGCUCGGGGAGCCCGGAUGCUUAUGAUGUGGAGAAACGUUGUUGCGAAUAUACCGCAAAUCGCUGGUCCGAUUUUGACUUUUACGAUUUUCACAAGGAUCUCGGGAAGUGAUGCGAUUACAUCGACAAACUCGUUUACCGUUCUCGCCCUGAUUGCUCUAGUCGUCCAGCCCAUCCAAGUAUUUGUUCAUGGAAUCACCCAAAUAGGCGUUGCUCUAGGUUGCAUCAAGCGAAUCCAGGACUAUCUUCUCUUACCAGAAGUCGAGACCGGUAAUACCACUUACAAUAGUGACGAUCAUACGACGGCGAAAGUGGUUCCUAGUAGUGUGUUCGAGCUUGAAGUCCUUCCCAUGAAAGGCAAGUGUCUGUCAGUACACAAUGCCAGCUUCAAAUAUGCAGACGCUACCACACCGAUUUUGACCAAAGUCAACAUCGAGAUACACCCCUCUACAUUGACAAUCGUCACCGGGCCGACCGGUUCUGGAAAAUCGUCGCUACUCAAGGGACUCAUAGGAGCAGUUCCCUGCGUUUCUGGUUCUUACCAAAAAUCCGUGGCUAUGGCUUACUGUGCACAAGAUCCCUGGCUACCCAAUGUCUCUGUUCGGGAACUCGUUCUUGGUCCUUCUUACUAUGAUGAAGCAUGGUAUAACGCGGUUCUUCAUGCCUGUGCACUCGACGAAGACAUUUCUACUUUUUCCGAAGGGGACAAGGCCUGCAUUGGCUCCGGAGGCACUACCCUAAGUGGUGGUCAAAAACAACGACUAGCAAUGGCGCGGGCCAUUUACUCGCGCAGAAAGCUCUUGGUUCUGGACGACGUACUCAGUGCCUUAGAUAUCAUUACGGCUAAAAAUGUCUUUGAUCGCGCGUUUGGUCCGCGAGGUCUAUGCAAAACUCACCAUGUGGCUGUUAUUCUUGCAUGCAGUGAUCCUGAGCGCAUUUCCUCAUCUGAUGUUGUUAUAGCGCUUCAAGAUGGCACAGCCACAUCUGGAAGCCCGUCUGAAAUCGCUUUUGAAACAAUCGUUUCUAUAUCUGGUGACACUGACGCUAGUGCUACUGAAACACGUCAUCCUGCGACUACAGGAACGAAGAGCAAACUGAUCGAGUCACGUCAGGACUUACCACGUCGACUUGGUGACUUCUCAGUCUACCAAUACUACUUCAAAGCAAUGGGUUGGAAAUCCUCUGCCGGCUUAGUGGGUCUGAUAAUCGUGCAGAUAUUCGGCACCAAAUUUCCUACUCUGUGGCUCCAGUACUGGUCGGACCGUGACUUCAACUAUUCCCUCGGCGUGUAUCUGGGCGUGUAUGGCGCUUGUGCUGUGAUUCAGCUAUUUGGAACCAUCUUCAGUAUUACCUACCUCAUCAUCUUUCUGGUCGCAAAAAGCUCCCGCCGUUUGCAUGGGCAGUUGUUGACCGCUACGAUGAAUGCGCCAUUUUCAUUUUUCACCAUGCACGACAGUGGGACGAUCCUGAACAGAUUCAGUCAAGACCUCUCUCAGAUCGAUAACCAAUUGUCUGGCGCGUUUCUCAUGACGGUUCUUGGUGCAGGCAUGUUGAUCGCCGAGGUCAUGCUUAUUGCUGCGGGAAACAAGUAUAUCGCGAUUACGGUGCCAUUUGUGAUCACCAUGUUCUACGCCUUGCAGAACUUUUAUCUGCGCACCUCGCGUCAGCUCCGCCUCAUGGAAUUAGAAGCGCAGAGCCCUCUCUAUACCCACUUUUUAGAAACCGCUUCGGGUGCGGACACCAUCCGUACGUUUGGCUGGCACGCCACAUGGGCGACAAGGUGUCGCCAGUUGGUCGACCGGGCGAUCCAGCCAUAUUAUACAUUCUUCUGCAUUCAACGUUGGUUGAAUCUCGUUCUGGAUCUUAUGGCCGCUGGAUUGGCUAUUGUUGUGGUCACCGUGGCGGUGGCGUUAGGCUCCUCAGUCGAUACAGGUGCGAUUGCCGUUUCGCUGUUGAACAUUCUGGGCUUCAGCAGCAGCCUAUCGUAUCUCAUCACCUCAUGGACACAGCUGGAGACUACUCUUGGCGCCAUUGCUCGCAUCAAAACCUAUGAGGAUACGCUUCCCAGAGAAGAUGCCCCAAAUAUGGAGAUUUUUCGGCCGCCUUCCGAGGACUGGCCGUCUCGUGGCUCGAUCAGGCUCGAUCACGUCUACGCAAGCUACGAGGAACGACCAAGUCCUCAUCAAUGCAUACUCCGCGACAUUACCCUGACGAUUCAUCCGGGAGAGAAAGUAGCCAUUUGUGGCCGGAGCGGGAGUGGCAAAAGCUCCCUCAUCCUUCUUCUUUUUCGGCUUCUUGAUGCCACAUCUGGCUCGGUAGUCAUUGACGAGACCAAUCUGCGGGAGAUUCCCUGCGACAUCCUCCGAUCCCGUCUUACUGUGAUUCCUCAAGACCCUUUUAUACUACCCGGAACGCUACGAUUCAACCUCGAUGCUAGCGGACAGUUCUCCGACGACGCGAUGCUCUCCGCUCUGGCCACGGUAGGCUUAGGAGAGGAUCCCAGUACCGGACGACCCUAUUCUCUCGACCUCCCGGUGAGCGAUGCGACGUUUUCACGCGGCCAAUGUCAAUUGUUGAGUCUAGCGAGAGCUCUCCUCCGCCAAAGUCAAACUAAGAUCCUGGUGCUCGACGAAAUCAGCGGUAACGUCGAUAUUGCCACGGAGCGGUUAAUGUUCCAGAUUAUCCGGGACCAAUUCAGGCAUGCCACUGUGAUUGCUGUGACCCAUCGACUGAGAUGUAUUCGGGAUUUCGAUAAGAUUCUGAUCAUGCAGGACGGGUGUGUUGUGGAAACUGGAGGGCCGGCAGAGCUGCUCGGGAGGCCGAGUCUGUUUAAGCAGUUAUGGGAUGAGCAGUAAUCACCCGCCAUGCCGGCAUACCUUGCUCGUUGUGCGCCGCAGUUAUACCAAUCAUAUCUCCGUCUUCUCAAGUAGGAAGCCUACUAUGUGGUACUUGUAAUCCAGCAGCCUUAA